AUGUUUGCAAUCAGUUUAGAUUCAAGAACUAGAUAAUUUAUUUUAGAAUUCUAAAAUAAAAAAUUUGAAGAAAGCAUGAAUAUCAAAGAGACUGAACAGAUGAAAAAUUUUCUUAGAUAAUCUUAUUUAGUUAUAAAAACUUAAGAAAGUCAAAAAAGAUUAAUUGAGAAAGGUUUAUUAAAAGGAAUUAAAUUAGAAGAGUUUUUAUUCCGAAAAAUUAAGUCUGAAUUAGAACCAAUUUAGUCAGAUAUUGACAAUCUAAUUGAAAUAAUAUAUCAUAAUUAAAUUACUGAUUAAAUGAUUAACAUGAAAAUUCAAAUUAAGUAAAUGAAUUUUGGUAAACCUAUCUUAAUUGGAAUUAUUAAAUCUGAACAAGUAUCAAAUUUAAUUGGAGAACAUGAAAAAUAAAUAAAAGAACAUUAAAAAUUAAUUAUUAAUUUUUCUACUUCAAUUGUAUUACAAUAAGAAAACCUUUAUAGAGAAAUAAAAAAAACUAAAUUAAUAAAUAAACAAGAAUAACAGUAAAUAAUGAGUUUAAAAUGUUUGAACUUAUCUAUAAUUAACUAUAUUAGAAAUUAUAUAUUCUUUUUUUAAAAGAAUAAAAUUACUACCCAAUUACAAAUUUAUGACAAAUUUUAAAUUCAUAGUUAUCUUUUAACAAUUUAAUAAUAUUUUGAAUCUAUAGCAUCAUAUUAUUAGGUAUAAUUUAAAUUCUUUAAUUAUGUUGAAAAAAAUUGCUAAAUUAAUGUAAAUACGAAAUACUUAACAUAAAUACUAAUUAAUAUAUUUGAAUAGAUUACUAAAUAAUCAUGUUAUAUAAAUAACGUAACUCUCAAAAUAAUAGAAGAAUUUACUUUGAAUGAUCAAGUUGUAGAAACAAGAAGAAAAGUAGAAGAUUCUUAAAAUGCAUCAAAACAAAUAAUAGAUUUUAAAUUAAUUCAAUUUUAAUUUAAUGUUGAAAGUUCAUAAAUCCUAAAUUUAUAAAUCAUAAAUAAUUUAUAAUUUAAUUAAAGAAUAGAAUAGGAUGAAAACUAUAUAAUUUAAGAAGUUACAACAUGUUUGUUAGAUUGUCUUGGUCCAUUCAAUACAAUAUAUAUAGAAUAAGAUGAAAAAUAAGAAGAUGGAACUUUUAGGAAUAAAUUUUUUUUUAGAAUUUAUUCAGAUCAAUCUUAAUUAGAGCCAUCCUAUUUAAAAGUAAUAGAUAAACCAAUAAUUAUAUGA